CCAUCUGUUCCUCGUCUUCAUCACAUCAGUCCAGAGUGGUGACCACAUCGCUACCUGCCAUGUACAGCUCUCCUCUGUCCCAACCAGGGGGGACCAUCCACUACACCCAGCUUCCCCACAACCUUCAGUUCAUCAGUUCCCCUUAYACAGGCCCCUAYGSUGGCUACCUCUCCUCCCAGCCUUCCCUUCUACCCRCCUCCACAUCCCAACGCUCCCACCCUGAYCCCUACCCCAACACCACCAUCACCUCCAAGCUGGACCAGCACCACUCUGUGGGUUUGGGUCGCCCCCCAACCCAGUCCCUACCCCCAGGCCUGGCUGUAUCGGACACUGGCCCCCAGUACGUCCAGCUCUCUGGUUCCUCUCAGAGCGUGGCCCCCCGGACUGCCCCCUUGCCCCACGGAGGGACCCACCACCUGCACCMCGACCCCCACCACACCCUGGCCUUCAGCGGGGGCUCCCAGGUGCGAGUACAGUAUGCRGGCUCCGGCUCCGAGGGGCCCCUGACUAAGAGAGAGGAGGGCCGGCCCAGAGAGCUGCACAAUGGAGAGCUGGAGAAGAGGGGCCGCUUUGAGAGGAAGGAAAGCAAAGGAGCCCCAUCCUCAUCCUCCUCUUCUACCUCCUCUUCCUCCCAUCACCAGCUCCACCAGCAGCAGAGCUCCCACCAUCACUAUGAGACCUAUACCUCCCAUGAUGCCUCAGGGCUACGGACCUCUCUCAUGCUCGUCCCCAACAGUCACGGAGGACAAGACCACCAGAGUCCCGAAAGACUACCCCUCUCCUCUGCCUUGCACCCAGAGAAAKGCAGCCUCCUCCUGGGUAAACCUGUGUACCGCACCUCUUCCUCCACCUCCUCCACGUUCACCUUUCCCCCUGCGCUCAAUGUGGAGAGUCUUAAGGCAGCCGUCAGCUCCCUGUCCCCCCACACUCACACAGUCAUCCAGCCCACACACAACGCCAGCGAUGCAUCGCCCCUCUCCCUAGGCCAACUCUCCGCAAACUUCUACCAGGCUGGCCCAGGUGGGCAGCCCAUCAUCGGGUAUCUGUCUGGGGGUGCAGGGGGGCAACAGUACCACACCAGUCUGUCCCAGCACCUGCUCAUCCCAGGGGCCUCAGGGUCUCAACCUAUCAUCAUCCCCGUCAGUGGGGCCGGGGUCACCAGCCUGGAGGCUGGCCAUACUGCCCACAUAGCCACCACAAGCCAACCACAGCCCUUCCCUGCCACACUCCCCCACGCCUACGUCGCCGCCACCACUAACCCCAGAGAGGAGCAUCUAUUUGAGGUCCCGGCCCCCUACCCUCCUCUGUCCCACCCUGCUGGUGCCGGGGGGAGCAUGGUCCAGGCCCAGCUACACCUCCCGGUGGUCCCAACCCCUCAGGCCCCCUCCUCAGCCACCUCCUCGGCCCCCUCAGGCUCCUCGCUGCCCGCCUACUUUAUCAAGGGCUCCAUCAUCCAGCUGGCGGACGGGGAGCUGAAGCAUGUGGAGGACCUGAAGACGGACGACUUCAUCCAGAGCGCUGAGAUCAGCAGCGAGCUGAAGAUAGACUCGUCCACCGUGGAACGCAUCGACGGCAGCCACACGUCCAACUUCGCCAUCGUACAGUUCUCCGUGGGCGAGCACCGCGCUCAGGUGAGUGUGGAGGUGCAGGUGGAGUAUCCCUUCUUCGUAUUCGGCCAGGGCUGGUCGUCGUGCUGCCCGGACCGGACCACUCAGCUGUUAGAACUACCCUGCACCAAGCUCUCAGUGGGGGACGUCUGCAUCUCCCUCACCCUGAAGAACCUGAGGAACGGUUCMCUGAAGAAGACCCAGCAGACCCAGAACCAGGCCAUGGAAAUCACUACUAGCUGCAACAUGGGCUCCAUCCACGGGCCCCUCAAACCCUCCAGGUCGUCCCGGGGUGGAAGGGGGUCAGCCAGGCACGGGGAGCAGGAGAACGGGGUGGGCCAUAGAGGCUCCAGUGGGGGAAUGGUGGUUGAAGGUGUUCAGUUCGCCUCAGAGAAUGGGGAACGGAGGUUCGGCGUCGGGGGGGAGGCCAACUUGAAAGGAGGCCAGCCUGGAGAUUCAGAAUCCAGCAGGGGUGCAGCCAAGCCGGCGAGCCGCAAGAGGAGGUGGUCGGCCCCCGAGGGCCGUCAGGUGGAGAGGAGCGAAGAGGUGCCCCAGUUGACUCUACCCAAACCUUCCUUUAUCACUCAGGAGGUAAAAAUCARCAUCGAAGGCAGGUCAAAUAUAGGCAAGUAGUGAAGGCAGGAGAUUAAAACAAGACUGUUAAUUCAAAUAGGGAUUGGAGGAGAGAUGGAAAAAAGAAAGGAUGCCCUCAUAAAUGUUUUAUUUGAACUACUUUGUUUUAGAUUUGUUUCUUGUUUAUAUUUUCUAUCCGGAUUACUGUAGGCUAAAUUUGACCCAUGUUAUCACCUUACAUUAAUUCCRUGUUAAAAUAACAUUGUAGUAGAUGCGUUCGGCAUUACGUAAACGAGCAAACUGCUAAGCAAUUGCUUAGGGUUUUUUCAACAAAUCUCUGGGCAAGGGGUUUUGUGAAGUAUAGUACAUGUUUUAUUGGUGGGUUUGUGGCAUGCAAGAGCGCUGCUUGAUACCUCUCUGGUCAUUUGAUGGCUGCARGUGGACAACUGAAUGAAAUAUAUAAGUUAGCUUUCCUAUAGGGCCUAGGACAUGACUAAGCUGCCAUAAUGUAGACCGGUGAGUGAGAUCACUUCCUGGUAGAGGGCACUACUGACGAGAGUGUUCAGGAUGUCUGGACGGAAUCACUCUCCACGCCACCCGUUGCCAUGGUGGCAGMCUGAGUUGAUAUGAUGUCAUGUAUCCCGAGCGACUCAAUACGUCUUUAGAUAAAACACAGUAAAAAAAGGACUUUAACAAAUUGAAACCCUCAUGAACAGAAGAGGAUGUAUAAUAACACCUUUGUGUGUCUCUGACAGAAGGUUAGAACUACACAUCUAAUCCWAAACAAGGGGUCACCAGAUGCCUCGACACUCAUCCACCUAGACCACUCAGCUAGGUGAUGUCACCCAGCAGGGCCAGACCAGCCAGGCGAGGUCAUCAGGCCGCGCCACUGGGCCACCAUGAAGAGAGAACUCUUCCUUCCUUUGUUAUGUUUGGGUGACAGUGGAGUCAUUAUGUUAUUAUUCUUGAAACGUUCUGAGUUGAUAAUGAUAUAUUUAAAUGAUUGUCUAAAACUUUGAGGUCAGGGGGCACAUACUGUAUGUAUAAUUUGAUCCAGGGUGGUUMAGUAAAGUGUUUAUGUUAUUCCUUUAUACACACAUUUACAAUCCCACUGAGKUGAUGAACUAUGGGAUUAUUCAAAGGAAGAUGACUUUUACUUGGUGCAACCUUUUCAUUUUUAUGGCAGAAAGAAAGAGCUUACGUCUCAAAUGGUCCCCUAUUCCCUAUAUAGUGCACUGCUUUUACUAAGGCUCUAUCCUUAUGGGCCCUAGUCAAAAGUAGUGCACAAUAUAGGGAAUAGGGGCCAUUUGGAACGCAGUCAGAGAGUCACUGUAGAGUCUUUAGAGAGAGACAGCAUGUUGUCUUGAAGCACUUGCAUUUGCACACCUGUCACACUCACCAACUGAUGAUAACACAAUUGUUAUUAUUAUUAUUAUUAUUGUUAUUGUUGGUCUCUCUUCAUUAACACAGUACUGUAUGUUUUUGAUAUUUUACCUUGAGGAAGAAGUAGAACUCUGUGACAGCAGCACUUUAGAACAGUGAAGGGGUCAUGAUGAUUWCAUAGGGUAAUGAUGAUGUCAUGGGGUCACAAAGUCACUUGACCUUUGACAGGGAUGAAUGUGACAGGUGAUGAAGCGAGUGCCAGUUAGGAGAGGGAAAGAAAGUGAGAAAGAAAACAGAGGAAUAUAGAGGACUAUAUAAUAGCAGAAGAGUUUUUUUUUGUUAAGGCACUUUCCUCCAAUCAGAACAUSCUCUUCAAAAUAUGGGUGUGGUCAAAAAAUGACACAUUACUGCCUUUUCAAGGAACUCAAAAUGUCAAUCAAGUCCAAAAGGAGAUUGGACAAAGGAUGGGAAUAGGCAGGAACUAUGUACAGGUAUGCUGUGGACGAGACGGAGAGAGUUAUAGACGCUCUGGACACAGAAAUGUUGACGUGUGUCAUAUACAUAAUGUAUGUACGGGAAGUGUGCAUGAAUGUAGGUAUGUGUAAGUACACACACACCAGAGGAGGCUGGUGGGGGUAGCUAUAGGAGGACAUGUUCAUUGUAAUGGCUGGAAUGGUAUAGAUAGAACGGAGUCAAACACACUGUUUCCAGGUGUUUGAUGUGUUUGGUAACAUUGCAUUGUUUCCAWUCCAGCCAUUACAAUGAGCCCGUCCUCCUAUAGCUCCUCCCACCAGCCUCCUGUGACACACACGGAAUACAGUACCUACACAGACAGGCACUUUCCUGAAGGUGAGGGAGGACUGUAUGUAUUUCAUACUUGUUGAUAUACGUUUAAUAUGCAUCCAAAUACUUUCGUUGCAUAGAUGUUUCCCCUUGAUGAUAUAGAGAAGCCAAUAUAUUUGAGUAGGAAACUAAGACGAUAGUGAUUCUCAGUGGUCUGUGCAGCGUGUGUUUGUUUGUGUGUGCGUGUGCGUGUGCGUGUGUGUGUGUGCGUGCGUGCGUGCGUGUGUGUGUGUGUAUAGAAAUGUCAUAUAAGUUAAUUUGAUAUAUCCCAUGUUAAAUGUCCAGGGUUCCUGUUUUGGGAGUUCUAUACUUAAGAGAAUCUUGCAAUUUGCACAUCUGGAGAGGUAGUCAGUUGGGUGACAUGACUUUCUGGCUGUGUACGAAAUGGCGCCCUUUUCCCUAUAUAGUGCACUGACCAAAAGUAGUGCACUAUAUAGGGAAUAGAAUGCCAUUUCAGAUACACCUAUGUUUUCAGCCAGGUUGCACACACAAACACACACACUCACACAAACAMACAGUGAGCGGAAACCAUAGAGAUAGGUAGAGGACUCAUCUUUGUAUCKGUGCCAUUAUAGUGUCUGUGACAGCCUCAAUGGCGCUGUCCAUGCUAUCUCCAUUUUAAAGUAGUCAAUUGUCAUCUUCACUAUUGGCUGGUCCCUCCUGAUGACCCAGUUGGACAUGACUCCAACAGGGUCACCAGGAGGGAUCGUCCAAUGAAGUUGGAAGUCCCACCCAGUUGACUACAUUAAAAUGUUGGAAUCCCUCAAUGGCGCUACCCAUGCKAAUACGACCUUUUGGCCACUAGAGGCCUCUAUCAUUCUCUAUGGCUGAAACCCCAUUUUACUGAAAUGUAGCAGUUACUUAACAAGUGCGCUCCCUGCUGAUUGGCUCUGACAAUCUUGACUCUGCUCCUCAUUGGACAACCACACUGUCAAUCACAUCUGUGGCACGUCCAAGUCCCACCCACUUGUUGGGGUUUGGUUGAGAGACAGUGUGGAGGUGUGUC